UUUUUCCCCCGCCUCCAUUUUGUUCGCGGACGCUGGGGACGGUGGGAGCAGAUCCAUUUCCGGGUUGGCAAAAGGGGCGGCGGCGGCGGCGAGAAAGAGAGCUUGCCGGGGGGCGAGCCGGACAGGACGAAGCCGGAGCGUAGGCGGCGGAGGAUUCGCUCCCAGAGCAGCUGUGGCCAGGUAUAUGAAUGACCUAAAGCUACAAAUAAAGACGGAGAGAGAACAGUGCCAACUGGGAGCAGGGCAAGAAUGCCAAUUCCUCCUCCCCCGCCACCCCCACCUGGCCCUCCUCCACCUCCCACGUUUCAUCAGGCAAACACAGAGCAGCCCAAGCUGAGUAGAGAUGAGCAGCGGGGUCGAGGCGCCCUCUUACAGGACAUUUGCAAAGGGACCAAGCUGAAGAAGGUGACCAACAUUAAUGAUCGGAGUGCUCCCAUCCUCGAGAAGCCCAAAGGAAGCAGUGGUGGCUAUGGCUCUGGAGGAGCUGCCCUGCAGCCCAAGGGAGGUCUGUUCCAAGGAGGAGUGCCGAAGCUUCGACCUGUGGGAGCCAAGGACGGUUCAGAGAACCUAGCUGGUAAGCCGGCCCUGCAAGUCCCCAGUUCUCGAGCUGCUGCCCCAAGGCCUCCAGUAUCUGCAGCCAGCGGGCGUCCUCAGGAUGAUACAGACAGCAGCCGGGCCUCACUCCCAGAACUGCCCCGGAUGCAGAGACCCUCUUUACCGGACCUCUCUCGGCCUAAUACCACCAGCAGUACGGGCAUGAAGCACAGCUCCUCUGCCCCUCCCCCGCCACCCCCAGGGCGGCGUGCCAACGCACCCCCCACACCUCUGCCUAUGCACAGCAACAAAGCCCCCGCCUACAACAGAGAGAAACCCUUGCCGCCGACGCCUGGACAGAGGCUUCACCCUGGUCGAGAGGGACCUCCUGCUCCACCCCCAGUCAAACCACCUCCUUCCCCUGUGAAUAUCAGAACGGGACCAAGUGGCCAGUCUCUGGCUCCUCCUCCUCCGCCUUACCGCCAGCCUCCUGGGGUCCCCAAUGGACCCUCUAGCCCCACUAAUGAGUCAGCCCCUGAGCUGCCACAGAGACACAAUUCUUUGCAUAGGAAGACACCAGGGCCUGUCAGAGGCCUAGCACCUCCUCCGCCCACCUCAGCCUCCUCCUCUUUACUGAGUAAUAGGCCACCUCCCCCAGCCCGAGACCCUCCCAGUCGGGGAGCAGCUCCUCCACCCCCACCACCCGUGAUCCGAAAUGGUGCCCGGGAUGCUCCCCCUCCCCCACCGCCAUACCGAAUGCAUGGGUCAGAACCCCCGAGCCGAGGAAAGCCCCCACCUCCACCCUCAAGGACGCCAGCUGGGCCACCCCCUCCUCCUCCGCCACCCCUGAGGAAUGGCCACAGAGAUUCUAUCACCACUGUCCGGUCUUUCUUGGAUGAUUUUGAGUCAAAGUAUUCCUUCCAUCCAGUAGAAGACUUUCCUGCUCCAGAAGAAUAUAAACACUUUCAGAGGAUAUAUCCCAGCAAAACAAACCGAGCUGCCCGUGGAGCCCCACCUCUGCCACCCAUUCUCAGGUGAAGCCUGGCUUGGUCCUGUUCCUCAGGAAAAGGAUGGACCUUCUCUUCUUCUCAGAUGGUCCCUUCCAUUCCCCUGAAACCCGCAUGAGAGCUCCUAACAUGUUUCUCCAAUGCAACCAACCCCUAGACUCCAAGUGUCCUCCCAGCUCACCUCCAUCUAUGCAUCUCGUCUCUGGAUUUGGUGAUCAGACUCUUUAUAUUGACAGUAGGAUCUCAAACCCUGCAUCCAUCCUUCCUCCAGCAAGCCCUGCUAGCCACAUGAGGAACAAGUUUCCGGGUCUCUUGCCUUCCUCUUGGGGAAAGGUGCCUUGUUGUGAUGAAUUAACUCACUGUUGGGGCAGGGUGGGGAAUGGUACUCCUUCCUUCUCCUGUCCACGGUAGGGGAAGCUUGGCAGGUGUAUUAUAUUUCAUCAUAUAGGAGGCUGACAUGACCAGGACUUAUGGGUGGGAGGGGAGCAUUUUUAGUGAAGCAAGAAAGGAGUCUGCCAAGAGGUGAUCUGUUUUAAAGGUCAUAUUUGGAGAAAGGGCAAGGAAUUGGGUCUGCUUUAUUUUAGGGGUAUUUUGUUUUUGUUCUUACCUGCUGCCCGCCCCCACCACCCCAGGGAUAAAUUGGAUAUAAACACUAAAUACUAAUCAGUUGAACUUAACGUUUAAUAAAAAGAGAGGGUGAAAUAAA